CUCAGCUUGAUCUAUAAACCCUGUUAGUGACAGCCCGACCGAGCCGCAGUGUUACCAACUUUGCGAAGUUGCAACCAAAAUUCCUUCUUAUUUCAGCUUUCGACCGAUAGAGCCAUGGUUACUACGGAGAAAUUGGUUGCUGACGUCAAAACCAAGCCUGGAAAGGCUGCUGCCCCUCCAGCUAAGGGUCCCAAGAAUGUCCUCCGCGGAAAGAAUGUUCCCAAGAAGAAGCGCGAGCAGCUUCGGUUCGGCAUUGACUGCACCAACAUUGCCGAAGACAACAUUAUGGAUGUUGCUGACUUUGAAAAGUUCCUGAAGGAGCGCUUCAAGGUAAACGGAAAGACCGGAAACCUCGGCAGCAACGUUACUUUCGAGCGCCAGAAGAUGAAGGUGUACGUCAAUGCGGACGUCCACUUCUCCAAGCGCUACCUGAAAUACUUGACCAGGAAGUACUUGAAGAAGAACAGCCUCCGUGACUGGAUCCGUGUUGUGUCGAACGACAAGGAUCUGUACGAGCUGCGAUACUUCCGAAUCAGCUCCAACGAUGAUGAUGAGGAGGAGAACGAGUAAACCAGCGCUGCAUGAUCGGUGAAAAUGCUGGAAAAUAUGUCCAACCGUUGUGCGAUACAAUACAGAAGUGGGAAAACCGUAUUUUCAUCGGCGGUUUUGUCAAAAACGUAA